UGGGAGAAGUUGGAGGAGGGCGAGAGCCCGGUCUGAGGCGAGGCGCCCCAGGCCCUCGGCGCCCCCAGCAAGGAGGGGUAAAAGGGGAAGGGAAGGACAGAGAACGCCUACCCCGCGGCCUGGUCCCGGGGACAGUGUGGGAGUCGCGUGAAACGGCCCCCCACCCCACCUUAUAUUUUUAUUUUUCGCUAAGUGAGCCUUGAAACCCUGAGGCCUGGAAGCGGGUCCGGCCCUCACUCUGCUUCCUGACCGCUAAUGCUGUAAAUUGGGCUUUCCCUUUCGCCUCAUCUGUAUGCAGUUAGAAAAAUUUAUUCAAACGCUUAAAUUCACUCGUUUUGAACGUUAGCUGUUAGAAUUCCCAGACUGAAGUGACAGCAAGUACCCAUAACACCACAAGCAAAUAUUUCAGCAUCUGGGGGAGACCACCUUAUAAACAUUGUUGUGGCUUUAUGGGAGCUAGUGGUUAAGUUUGCAGGAUAUGGUCUGUGGAAUUUGCCUUGUAGCUUCUGGUUGCCUUGUUAUACAUAAAUUGUGCAGAGUUUAUGGAUAAAAAUAAAGAUGCCAUAUGCGGUUAGGGCAGCAGCGGGAUUAUCUGCAGGAGCUGAGAGUCUGUGCUUGCCCUUGGGGAAGAUUUGAAAGCACAAAUGCUAAAAGGUGUGUGGCAGGACUGUUGGGCACAAUCCAGUCAAGAACAUAGCCUGGGUUGCAAGGGGUCUGUUCUGGCUGUUCAGGAGAAGUUUGUAGAUACGAACAGCACUUCCUGCCCAGCUUUCCUGUGGUUCACCCAUCAGCUGCCUGCCUGUUCAGGUGUGCUUCCUGGCAUCCCAAGUCCCUGACCGGGUGGAGUACUCAGCAUUCCAUGGGCUUGGCAAGCACCAUUUGGUCAUGCAAAAAGGGAGUGUAGACUAGUUUUCAGCGUGGUCUGUCCUUCCCUGUGCUGGUGUGGGCAUAACAUGAAGGCUGAAUUUUCUCCUUGCAGUGUUCCUAAUCUUCAAAAGAUCUGUUGGGCAGCCCAAAUGAGAGGGCUUUCUCUAACAUGAGCUCACCUUCACGUGUGGAUCAAGUGAUAGGCUUCAUAUAAUCAUCUCUUUACAAGUGCUGGCCUCCCCACUGUAAAUGGCAUGACCUUUUCAAGCGGGUCUAGACUACCAGAUUUGCUGAGAUUGUUAACUGCAAAGAGGGCAUUUGGGCUUACUAUUACAAUUUUCUGGUUUUUAGCUCUAUUAUUAAGGAAGUUUUCUCCCAUAAUUGGGUUUCACCCAAGCUCUUGGCUCUUUAGUAUGUUUUUCUUAAGCAGUUUUGUCAGACAAAUCACCACCUCCAGUCUUUAGCAGAAUGCAAGAAUACCACCACUUAUUACACUUAGAAAUACAUAUUAAAUUAUUGUAUACUUACAUGCAUCACUGUUUUUAUUAAGCACUCAGUAUGUGUGCAGUGCAGUAUAAACAUUAAACAAGAUUAUUCUUCCCCUAGUGAAUUUGUCUGAAAGAGCUUUAUUUCACAGGAAGGACAAGUAAUAAUAUACCAUUAAAACAUUGCCUUUAAUUUAAUCCCUUUUUGUUUCCCUGUGGUUAAUACUCAUUUGCUGUUGAUCAUGGGUGGUGUAUCCUGGCAUGUCACGCAGUGCUGUUUUAUGAUGUUAGAGCCCCCAGUUGUCCACUCUCCGCCUCUGUGGGAUGUUCUUACUCAGCGUGAGUGGAAGAAGACAACAUAUGUCUGUGUUUCAGCUGCUGCAUACAAAGCCCAGAAGCAUAACUGAAACCCACCUUUGAUAAUGCUCUACACUAAGACAUUGGUUGUUUUAUCGAAGCAUGGUUUUCUUCUGCCACCUCAGCUUCCUGUCAGGACAGCUGGAAAGACUAAUGUCUUCAACAGCUGCACCAAGAUUCUCUGAAGCUCAUGUGUUAAAGCCCUGCAAGAACAGAUGUUACAAGAUGCAAAUGGAAACAGGGGCAUCCAAUUUUCCCUGAUGUCUGUUGAUUUAGGUGCCUAGUUCACUUUUAUCUACGUGUAGUAGCAUUAUUCCAGGGGACAAUUCUGUAGCCAAUGGAAUUCUGUAAGAGAGGGGAGCUUUCCUGAGCAGAGCACAUCAUAUGGCUUGGACCAUAAAAGGAACUGAUACUCCCCAAGGGAAGGAGGACUCUUGAACUGAAGGAGUUGGCAGGUUAGGAUUUGACUAUGGCAGUGCGGUUCCUGCAGAAGGCAUCUGUGUGGUUAAAGAAGCGCAAGAUCACUUUGUUGGCUGUUUCUUGCAUGGGACUGUUUGGUGCUAACCUUUCCUAUCAUGUGUUUCCUGAUCAGACAUUCAAACUGUUGCAUGAGUGCUGGUCAGAGGGGCAGCCAGCUGAGCUUUCACAGAGGCUCUGUCGUGUCUUUCAGGAUGUCCUUGAAGAUACUGGUGUGAAGUCUGCUGACUCAUAUCGAGCCUUUGCAGCUUCUGGCUUCCACCCUGUGAGUGCUGGAAUCCCCUGGUUCCCUGCAGGCUCUUUGGUGGGCAUCCCACCUAACUUUGAAAGCACAGCUGAGGAUAAAAAAGGAAUAGUCAACCAUGUUGUUGUGAUCAGUGGCAAGGAAGUAGACUGGGAGAGCAAUGAAGGAGUUGCUUUGAAGGAAGCUCUGACGUUUUCUCUUGAAGCUCAGAAGUUUGCCCUUGCCAGAGAAGUUAUGUAUUUGCAGAACGGCAGCCCUUUAGCAAGUGCAGCCGUGGCUCCAACUUGCUUAGCUGGUACAUUUUUCUGUGGGAGAGGUAUAAAGCUGCUCCUGGGUUUGUCUUGUGGCCCUGUGAUACUUCGUGGCAUCUGUAACCUCGUAACUGCGGCUGCUGGACUGAUGUGCUAUUACAUUUCUUACGACGCUGUGACCUAUCACCUAGACUGCAAGGCUGACAGAAGGGCAGCUACUGUUUCCAAAGACUACGCCAGAGGUGGGGUUGAGUUCUAUGAUAAAAUCCUGUCCCGCAACAGGAUCUUUCGUAGUCUGAUGGGCAAACAAGGGAUAAAAAUUUAUGCCCCAAGUGGUAACCUGUUCCCAAGGCACUGGUUCAGAAUAAAGUAUACCCCAUACACUUACCGAAGAGAUUUGAUUGUUAAUAUUUUAAGAGAGCUCCAGGCAUAGGGAGUGCUUGAAUUUUAAACUUGUGAAUUGUGUAUUCUCUUGGAACACUGCUGUGCUGCCUUCCCCCCCCCCGUAUCUUCAUGAUUAGAAUUUCAGGGUUUAUUUUUGCAUAUAGCUCAAACGAGUUGGUGUACAUUCUGUGAAUAAAGAAUUCUCUCUUAAAAUAUUAAAGACUCGCUUCAAAAGUGC